AUGGCCCCUGAUAAGGAAAGCAAGAAUGCAAAGCGCGUUUGGGGUAAACGCCCGCGGGAUGGUGGAAACCAACACGAUGGGAGUGCUGACAAGGCUUUUGUGCGGUUUAGUGAGCUAUCCCCCAAGGAAAAGUUACAACGACGGAAGAUGGAAAGGAUAGAAAAGAAGGAGAGAGACCGUAACAUGUCGUACUUUAUGUCCGUUCAGCGGACCAUCGAGGAAUAUGCAGACGGCAACGGCGACACUUCAGUGCUCGCUGGCAUUGUUGACGGCUUUUUUGUGGAGUUGAUGAAGUUGCUUAAGGCGGACCGCAGUUUCAAUUUGCUGUGUAAUGCUAAAAUCUGCCGCGUCAUUGAGUUAGCCCUGAAGAACUCACCUCUUUUGCACUGCAAGUCCCUAUUGUACGUCUUUCUUGGGCGCAUCCAUGAGCUAAUUACUUCUCCAGUGGCUAGCUACAUGUUAGAAACCUUGUUUGCCAGCAUGUCGAGGGAGCUCAGCAAUUUAGAAGACAAUCAAGAGGGGCUGACAGCCGAGAUGGUAGUGGGGGGCCCUGGAAUCCACGUAGAAAGCGGUGUCCCUAGCACAGCUACUUUGCUGAACUCCGCGGUUGAGGAAUUGUGCGAGUCUGCAGGGGAUAUGCUUGUGCAUGAGGUGGGUUCCCGCGCGUUGCGUUCGAUUAUUCUCGUAUUGGGUGGCUUCACAGUUCAUAAUGAGCCGCCGCUGGCUCGUCCGGUCCGUUUCACAGGCACCCUGGGAAUGUUGGCCACUGCUGUCGUUUCAGCGUUGGAGGAGGGCUACGGUCGUCAAUACGGCACUCGUGGGCCAGCUGAGGCUUGGAUGGCGGCGGCACAGGACCCCACGUGCAGUUUCGUGGUACAAAGCCUCCUGCGUGUCAGUGAGAAUCGCAGUCCAACGGAUUUGGCGGUGCGCCAGCGCCUCGAGAAACUCCGGUGUAACUCCAAGCCUCUUUUGCGGGAGCUCUUACUCGAUCCUAUGGGCGUUCACAUAUUUCAAGCCUAUCUGAAAGUGCCCACACCAGAAGCAGUGAUAAACGCUGGUGAUAGUUUCUCUCUUUACCAGCACACGGGGCCGUCAUCGUCCGCAGACUGUCCAGUUGAUGAUGUCGCUACGAAAUCGAAGCGGUGUCCACGCCCCGUCAAUCAAAAGGAUGAUGAUAAACCCAGCCAAGAUGGUCUGGGUGGUGAGAGAGCAGUAGUGUGGUCCAAAGAGCAGCUCUUAGACGAAUGUUGUUGGGGAAAGGCAAUGCAGCUAACACAGAGUGAGUUAGGCCAACUGCUUGAUGCUGGUAGUGAGCGUGUCGCACAAACUGGUUAUGUAUUGCAGGAUCUGGCCCUUUAUAGUCCUACCGCAGCACAUCUUCAAUUGCUGUGGGAAAGAGUAAUACACCCGCAUCUUUUACGUUUCACGGAAAUCCAUGCCUUAGGAGGGGUCCUAACGGCACUAUUGAAGAAAUGCGCCUUUAGUGGAUUGCUGGUCGUGCCAAAGGAAAGUGAAGGCGCAACAAGCGGUGCCGCAUCCCCCUGUGAUUUGACUGCGGUUCUCCGACAAGAUGAAAGCAAGGGUGUGCGUUAUUUCAGUGUUCCUUUGAGUUUUGAGCAGCUUGUGACUAAGGAACUGUGCAUGGUGUUCAAAGGUGCUGUGACAAAAGGAGCAGCGCAAUAUCUUUUAGUUGAAAGACGCCUAGGGGAACGAGGCUAUGAACUUGCGCGUUAUAUCUUGCACCUACGCCAUCCUGCGUCUGUUUUGCUACGUCACGGGAUAGACAAACUGCGCCUGGAGGAUGUCCUAAACCUUUGCAAACAUCAUAAAGGGAGCUUGGUCUUACAACAAUACCUUCGUGCGAGCAGUAGCACACAAUCCCCCGUCAAACCCCACGCUUCGCGGGACCAGGACACUAGUGUUAAUGCCGGCAGCGGACGCUCAGAGAGCAAGCUUGCGGUUGACAGUGUUGAGAAGGGCGAAGUGGUUCGAUUUUUCAGGCGGAUUCAAAGCCACAUAGCAGACCUGGUAGGCGAUAAGUAUGCUGCGUUCGUGAUCGAAGUGCUUUAUGAGGUGGCCAGUAUAGGACUCAAGGAGACUAUCGUCAAAGCCCUUGUCCCCAUUCAUGAAGCUCUGAAAACUACUUCCAACACUGAAACCGAAGAAGAUGUGUCCUCUAAGGACGCAGCUUCUCGAAGCUUUAUAUCGCAUAAGGUGUUGCGUAAGUGUUGUGUGGAGCAGUACAUCUACCGCCAGGAGGACUGGAGAAAAGCAGCGCAGCUUCAGUGCCGAGUACAGCGACUACUGCAAAGUAUUGUAUUAGACGGAUGA